AUUUUGCGCAGUGCGACCACCACCAGGUAUUCAACGCACCAUCCGUUUCCCAAUGCCUUUCACCUGGCUUUUGCUCCAUCUUUGCAUUCGUUCCAUUUCGCCCGCUCAAGAUUUUACUUUUUACUUCGACGCGUCGAGAGCGAGUCGCCGUGUUGUUCUUCAACGUUGACCCUGGCUCCUACACCUCCGAUGGCAAUGGUCACCGCACGCGAAAAGGACGAGCCGCGGCGAUUCGGACUGCCGCAGGCGGGUUCCCAUUCCGACAGUAGAGAUGAUGCCUCUCGGGGAUUGCGCCGUUCGCCAUAGGGAACAUCCGGGCUUCCGCCUCACGAGCUGAUAUCGACGUGACGAGGCUCGACUUGAAAAUCCAUUUCUUCACGGAGAACAACAGCCACAUGCUUGGCGAGUUUGGGUACAGCACUCACUUUCACAAGGAAGAGACGCUUGUCGACCUGUCGGACCGGAUACACAAGGUUUUGGACCAAGUUGCCGACAACGUCUACUCUGUAGACCUGCCGCGAUCUUCGUCGCUUCGCCAAUUCACUCCAUCUGAUGUGGCGGUGUACUUGCGAGAUUACGUCUCCUGCCAUUUCCCUCUCGACUUCCCAAGAUGUCCGGACGGCGCGUCUCGUCUCUGCAACGAGAGUUGCAUUCCUUCGUCCUGCCACCAACCGUCUGCGAUGCGCUUCGGGUCUCGUCAAGGGUGGGGGACUUCUCGCGUUGUACCUCACUGCACUCACUUGUUCGACCAUCGCUACACUUGUCAAGAGGACACCACGAUCGAUGCAUUCGGCUCCGUUUUUUUCGCACACAUCACGGGCUAACUUCUGUUUUCAGGGCUUGGGACUAGCCAAUCGCUGGAUAUCAUUCCUGAUCGCCUUGCCGUUCAACGCCAUACUGUACUGGCGGAUGUUCUUGACGACGUACCAGCCUUGAUCAAGAAAGCGUCCGAGUUCUCCGCCGGAUCUAUGUAUCCACCGCCGUACAGAGACGACAGAAGUCGUCGUCCUCUGUCACUCACGUCGCAAUUUUCCACCACUUGAGCGGAACUGAAAUUCCAAUGGCAAGGGAGCUAGAGUUCGUCAUUCCGCCGCUACACUUCAU